UCCUAGUACUUCUGACGAUCGAGCAGACUAUUUUCACCUAGCAAUUGCAACAAAAACACAGUACAAAUGGCCGAGCGAAAUCUCCUCCAUGUUCUGGUUCUCCUAACAGCAUGGUUCCUUCUUCUGUUCCUCGAAAUCCAACCUACCGCUGCGGCGCCGGCAGCUCCGGUUACCAGGAGGAGCAUCCGCUGCGUCCCCCACGAGCGGGAUGCUCUUCUCGCCUUUCGGGCCGGCCUCACCGAUCCUGACGGCUAUCUGUCGUCAUGGCGAGGCGAAGACUGCUGCCGGUGGAAGGCCGUCCGCUGCAGCAACCGCACCGGCCGUGUCGUGCAGCUCAGGCUCCGGAGCUUGGAGGACGUCAACUCAAGCAUCGGAUUCCGGGGAGGUCGGAGGAGCUCGCCCUUGCUAGAGUUGAAGAGCUUGAGGACACUGGACCUUCGCUUCAACAACUUCGACGGCGCGUCUGUCCCGGAGUUCGUCGGCGGCCUCAGGAGCUUGAGGUACCUCUACAUCUCCAACUCGAAGUUCGGCGGGUGGGUGCCGCCGCAGCUUGGCAACCUGUCCAAGCUGCUCUGCCUUGAUCUGAACACAGUCAAUGGCGAUGCCGAUAUCUACUCGGCCGAUCUGGCAUGGUUGUCACGCCUCACGGCACUGAAGUACCUUGAUCUGAGCAAGGUGAACCUCAGCAAAGCGACUGAUUGGGCCCAUGUGGUCAACAGGCUUCCUUCCCUUGUCACACUUAAUCUGCGCUUCUGUGAGCUCCAAAAUGUCAUUCCAUCACCAGUGCAUGUUAAUCUGACAUCACUCCAGCACCUUGACCUUGGGGGUAACCAUUUUAGCUCAUCACUUGGAGCAAAGAACUUACUUUGGGACCUACCUAGGCUCCUUGACCUUGACAUGGGGAUGUGCGGCCUCCAAGGAUCAAUACCUGAACAGGUGGGAAAUAUGACGUCGAUCACAAGGUUAGAUCUUAGUGACAACAACCUAACUGGAACCAUACCGACAACCUUCAAGAACCUGCACAACUUGGAAGAGUUGAGUCUAUAUGGAAAUAACAUCAAUGGGCCUGUUGCGGUAUUACUGGAAAGACUGCCUACUGAAAACAGGCUACAAGAGUUAUUGUUGUUUGAAAACAGUUUGAGUGGGAAUCUGCCGAAUCAGCUUGGACAUCUUAGAAAUUUGACCCGUCUUGAUCUUAGUAAUAAUGGGCUUUCAGGAAAUGUACCAACUGGGAUAUCAGAGCUGACAAAGUUGACAGAUUUACUGCUCGGUUUCAACAAUCUUGAAGGCACAAUCACUGAAAUGCAUUUUGCUAAAACAGCCAGUCUAAGCAAUCUACAGUUAUGUGACAACUCAUUAUCUAUGGUGUUCCAACAGAGCUGGGUACCUCCAUUUAAACUAGUGGUAGCUGACUUCCGGUCUUGUAAUCUAGGGCCUAAAUUUCCAGAGUGGCUAAGGUCACAGAAUAGUAUAUAUGCUCUUGCUAUAUCGAAUACAAGCAUAGCUGGUCCAAUACCUCAUUGGUUUUGGAUUACAUUUUCCAGGGCAGGACAUUUGGAUUUGUCAAGAAAUAAAAUCAGUGGUAGGCUAUCACCAGAGAUGUUCGGAAAAAUGGAGGCAGGUACUAUGGAUUUUAGUGGUAACUUUUUAGUCGGUUCCAUUCCAAAGCUUUCUCCAAAAUUAGAAUACUUGGACCUCUCCUUAAAUAAUUUGUCAGGUCCGCUACCAUCAGAUUUCACGGCACCAAUGUUAUCAGCGCUUAUUCUCUUCAGAAAUUCACUCUCCGGCAGAAUUCCUUACACAUUCUGUCACAUGAAAGAAAUAGAAUUUAUAGACCUGUCAGGAAACCUACUAGAAGGGCCCUUCCCCAACUGCAGGGAGCAGUCAAACACAGGAAAUUUGACUAAGCAACUAAAAGUGCUGAACUUGAACGGCAACAAUCUUUUUGGAGAAUUCCCAGUAUUCCUCCAGAACUGUCCAGAACUGUUUUUGCUUGAUCUGGCAAAUAACCAAUUCUAUGGGAACCUGCCAAUAUGGAUUGCGGAUAAGUUACCGUCAUUGGCAUUUUUAAGUUUGCGCUCAAAUCUGUUUUUUGGAGGCAUUCCUCUACAGCUUGCCAGCCUUAAGGAUCUUCAGUAUUUAGACAUUGCACACAACAAUAUUUCAGGCACCGUUCCAGAAUCAUUUGUGGAGUUCAUAGCUAUGACUCGCAGUCCUGCAGACAAUGACUCGCUUUCAGAUUAUAAUACUUAUGGAGAGAGCUUUGAUGAAGUAGAUGUUGUUCUUCCUUAUGCUGAUACUUUAUCUGUGGUUACAAAAGGACAACAGCUUGGAUUCACGACAGAGAUCAUGUACAUGGUAAAUCUUGAUCUGUCGUGCAACAGCCUGACAGGGCAACUUCCAAGCGAAAUUGGUAAGCUUGCCGCGCUGAAAAGCUUGAACCUAUCAUGGAAUCAUCUCAGUGGGAUCAUCCCUGGCAGCAUUGGUCGACUACAUGCACUGGAAUCACUUGACCUGUCUCACAAUGAAUUAUCUGGUGAAAUCCCGACAACUUUAUCGGAAAUAACAUCGUUGAGUCACUUGAACCUAUCCUAUAAUAGUCUGAGAGGGAAGAUACCAUCAGGGAAUCAACUGCAGGCACUUGAUGAUCAAGCAUCCAUUUACAUCGGCAACCCUAGUCUCUGCGGUCCUCCUCUCUCAAGAAAUUGUUCGGAAACUGAUUUCACUCCAGCUGCUCCAGAAGGACACAAAGAACGAGGUGAUACGAUUUCCUUUUUCCUUGCCAUGGGUUGUGGAUACAUAAUGGGGCUCUGGGCAAUCUUUUGUCUCUUCUUAUUUAAGCAGAAUUGGAGAGCUGUUUGUUUUGCGUUCUCUGACCACCUGUAUGAUCGGGUUUAUGUGCAAGUCGCUCUGGGCUGGGUUUUCUUGACACGGAGAAAACUUUAGCAGCUGAUAGGUGAUAACAACAGCACCUGGUGGUUCUUCGCUCUC